AUGGCGUCGAGCAAGACGAGUGGUGGGAGUAGCAGAUUGGAGAAAAGUGUGAAUGGAAGACGCUCCUCCAAACACAAAGAGGGUCCAGUGGUGAUGGACACCAAGGCAGUGUUCGCGGCCCUGUACAGCGUGUGUGAAGAGAAUGCCACCUUCUUCUCAGGGGGCGCCAAGGGGUCGCAGGGUGAUGCUGCCCAGCGGCUGGUGGAUACCAUGACGCUGAUCAAGGAGCAUGCUCACAGUCUGGAGCCGGUUGUCUCUGGCUUCGCUGCGGUUUACCAUCAUUUUGACUUUGACCCACACAUACCCGCCAAUGGCUAUCGCUCACUGGUCAAGGUAGUGCGCUGCUGCCUUCUCCACAUCAUCCAGAAGGGGCGCUACAUCACGGCCAACCGCCGUAGCAUAUUCUUCCGAGUGGCACACAAUGCGGCGGAGAUGGAGGCCUACUGCAACGCCCUGUGCCAGCUGCGCGCCCUGCUCUACCUGGCUCAGCGCAUGCUACAUGACAACAGCCAUGGCAACCUUUUUUUCCAGGGUGAAAAUGGCCUCAGUGAGAGCUUUGUCCGCGAGUACUCAUCAAUGCACAAGGGGUGCUUCUAUGGCCGUUGCCUUGGCUUUCAGUUCACUCCAUCCAUUCGGCCCAGUCUCCAGACCAUCGCUGUUGGCCUUGUGGCCUUUGGAGAAAACUACAAACGCCAUCAGUCUGGAAUAGGUGUUGCAGCCAGCUCUUUCUUUACCUCAGGGAAAUACGCCAUCGACCCGGAGUUGAGAGGGGCAGAAUUCGAACGCAUCACCCAGAACCUGGACGUCCAUUUCUGGAAGACCUUCUGGAACAUCACUGAGACCGAAGUCCUGUCGAGUCUUGCCAGUAUGACAUCCACGCAAGUAAAGGUGAACCGGGCUCUCUCUGUGCCCCCCGUGCCCUUUGACCUUCCCCUGGCAUCCAACCACAGAGCAUCUGUAACUAUAGCUCCACCAUCAGCACACAUCGGCAUUGCUCCAGUCCAGAUGAGGCUCAUCUCCUAUGACUUGCGUGAAGGACAGGACAGUGAGGCUCUGCUAUCGCUUGCUCGCUCUGAGGGGGGAGCCAUCUCUCUGUCGCUGGGGCUGAAAACCAAGCGCCUCCCCUCAUCUCCCUGCCUCAUGAUCCACUUCCAUGGGGGAGGAUUCGUGGCCCAGACCUCCAAGUCGCAUGAGCCCUAUCUGAAGAGCUGGUCCCAGGACCUCGGUGUCCCCAUACUCUCAGUGGACUACUCUCUGGCCCCAGAGGCCCCCUUCCCAAGGGCCCUGGAGGAGUGUUUCUACGCCUACUGCUGGGCUCUGAGAAACCGCCACCUACUGGGCUGGACCGGAGAAAAGGUGUGUCUGGCUGGUGACAGUGCGGGAGGCAACUUGUGUGUGACGACAUGUAUGCGCGCUGCUGCCUUUGGUGUGCGAAUGCCAGAUGGCAUUGUGGCAAUCUACCCAGCUACCCUGCUGACCGCCUACGCAUCGCCCUCCCGUCUGCUAACACUUAUGGAUCCCCUACUGCCGCUCAGUGUGCUCUCCAGGUGUCUCAGCGCCUACGCAGGCUGUGAGCCGCAGACAGAGCAGCAGGUAGAGAGAGUGAGCACGCUGAGCCUGGUGAGGAGAGACACGGCUCUGCUGCUCAGAGGAGCCUCCAACUGGAUUCACUCUCUGCUGGAUUCCAACAGAGCCUCAGCCUCCCCCAGCACAGCCGCAGAGGCGCCUCCAGCAGCCACUGAUACAGUGAGGAAGAGCAUUUCAGAGGCGUCCUUCUCUUCUCCCCACGCCGACCCCCCUGUAGCCUCAGAGUUCCCCUCCAGGAAAUUAUCUGUGAAGAGCCAGACUUGCCAGGACUUGGGAUCCCACAACAGUUCUACUUCUCACAGUGCUCCGCUGCUCUCUGAGCGCACUCCAGAAGAUGUGAAUUUCUUCCUCUCCAAGGAUGCAGAUCCCUCCAUGUCCAGAGACCUGUUUUCAGUGGCCAUACCUCCCCCUGCUGGAAAGGAGGGAUCAGAGCUGGGGCACCAGAGGGAGUUCCCCCUGGGGUUUGAGCCGCUGCGCUCAGAGCAGCUAUCUGAGAUGAAGCUGCUGAGCUCUCCAGUGUUCAAGGAUCCAUUCUGCUCUCCUCUGCUGGCUCCCGAUAGCAUGCUGAAAGGGCUGCCACCUGUACACAUAGUGGCUUGUGCAUUGGACCCCAUGCUGGAUGACUCUGUGAUGUUUGCCAAGCGUCUGAGGAACAUAGACCAGCCUGUCACAUUGUGCGUGGUGGACGACCUCCCCCACGGCUUCCUCAGCCUAUCGCAGCUCUGCAGGGAGACGAAGGAGGCUGCCGAUAUCUGCGUGGAGAGAAUUCGCGCUGUCUUCACCCAGAAGGACACGCCCCCGGAGCCACGCAAGCACCGCAAGCUGGAACGGACCGAUAGGGGUGUGUCAGCCUCUUCUGGGGAAGCCGGUUCUCUCCUCGAUGGCCCCACUAAAAUUGUUGAUGGGGAUGGCUUAGUUGCCGUGGCAGCCCAGAACAAUACUGACGCUGUGGGUAUUGGGCCGUAAAUAAGGUUUGGAUAAAAAAAAAACUGCAGUUGAGUGAAGGGAGAAAAAGUAAAUGAAAGUCAGACAAAUUUAGGCAAUGCAACGCCUGAGGGGGGGAGAGAGAGAGAGAGAGAGAGACGGCAUCCAAAAAGAAGAUGGGAAGAGGGCAGCAGUGAAGGCAAACGCUUAGUUUUUAAGAGCCAAAAAAAAAAUAGAAGAGCACUGAAAAACAACUUCCUCUGCUUAACAAAUCUGCCACUUAUUUGUGCACCCUCAUGCACCGACUCAAAUCUGGCAGACAAAAUGAAAACACCUACGAAAGACAAUCGUGUUUUAGAAUAAAAUGGUAAUUUAGCAGCUACUUGGAUCAAAGACCAGCACUCGCCCACACAUGCCGUACACAUGCUUGAUAGAGUUGCAGUUAGGCAUAAAGCAGCGCAUAAGAUACUUUAGACGAAGCCUGAAUGGGUGAUUCAAUCUCGGCCAAGGCAGUCAUUUGAGGCCCUAAUCAGAUAGUGGUAGACACAAUAUAUGCUUAUGGAGCCAUCCCCAUCAAAAUGGCCACUUGUCCUUUAGGGAGCCACUUUAAAUCACCCUGAAUAACUCCACAUUGUGUUCUCCAUUACGCCAGUUUGGAAGUCAAUACAUCUCCCUUUGUGAAUAGUAACUGUUGACUUUCUCCUAAAUCAAAUUACAACGCUAAAACAGCACCGACUGAACGGCCCAGAGCUGGAUGAAUUGAUUUACUUGUUUCUUGAGAUUGGUGCAGUUUUUAAUCAUAUUAUUAACCCUAUGCAGUAGUUAUGCUUUAGUAAUUUAUAUCUUUUUUUUUUUUCUUCUAUUGCUGUAUUUUAAUCCUUCAAUCAUCACAGGUUUGUUUGUUUAAUUUGCACACCCUACUGUUUGUAAUCUUUUUUGCUAUUUAUUCCAUAUUUUUGAACGUGCUCAGUAUUUACCUCGGCUUCUUUGGCACAGCUGCUCUGACAUCCCUGGCCUUUCCAAUUAAUCUCAAAUCCUCCUCUCAGUAAUGCAUACUGAUAGGAUAGAGUAAAUGUUGAAUAUUACACAGGGAUGCGGUGCCAUAUCUAGACGCUGCUCUGUGCUUUUUGUAGUGCUGAUAUAACGAAUGCAAAGAUUGCAUUUCAUUAAUAGCUACAGGGAAAUGUGUGCAGAAGCACUGAGCUGCAUUAUUUUUCUGAAGAGCACUUGCUUUUAAAUUUGAGUCCCAUCUUCAUAAGUUUUUUAAGAGCAAGCGUUGUUCUCGGAUGUCUGAAGGACUCUAAAUGUUUAAAUAGUUUUUAUUUCAAUACUGGAAAGAAUUGGUUCACAAACUCCACUGCAGUGGUUUGAGGUUGUCCCUGCUCCUCGCCAGGCGUUUUCGCUCACUUCUCUGCAGAAUGUGCCGUGUUUCAAAGUACCAAUUCUUUGAGUCAGAGGAUUUCCUGCAUGAUAAUCUGUUUCUUCAAAUCAGACGCUUUCGGGUUCAAAACUCGAGGACUCUGACCAGGAAAAGUGAUUGCAGGUGUUCAAUGUAAAAGCCGCUGAACUUGAAAUUGGUCAACAAAAAGUCGUUGGUGGACCAGAUGUUUUUGUUUUUGUUUUUCUCCCCACCAUCAAAUUUGGGGAUUGACUUUGUUUUCAAUAACCUGAGAAGCACUCCUCUGAGCGCGUUUACACCCAAAGCAUUUUGAAGUACCCAAAAAUGCCCUUCAGAGGGUCAGUCCCUCUAUCAGGUCCAACUAAAUAUAGAUCCCAACAAUGCUGGCACCGUCCUGCCCUUGCCUGGUUCCAGAGCUAAGGUUGCCAGGUCUGUAGAGAAGGAUGCUGGGUGAUGAAUAGGAUUUGGCUGACGCUCUGAGUGCAAAAAUCCUCUCCCCGUAGAAGAGCAGGAUUUUAAGCAGCAAAGUCAUGCUAAGGGAUUAGACCAUGCUCAGUUCUGUCAGCUCGCAGUACUUACUGCAAUAUUUUUAGUCAGAUUGAUGGAGAGAACCAGGGGCGUGAAGAGGAAGAAAGUAAUACUCUCAUCCUUUCGGAAAUACUGGGCUGAAGUUCGGUCUUGCUUUACUAGUCGCUGCUUUCGCUCACUCUGCACUUUUGCAGUAGUUUGUCAUUCUGUGCAAAUGAUAUAAAGCUUGCAUACAUGUCACUUUUCUUUUUUUUUUUUUUUUUUUUCUUUCUGUAUCUGAAGUCUGCAUGUUCACAUUCACGUGAUCACACUAGUCUCUCAUUGUUGUGUGAGAAACAUGAGCUCAGACGUGACCGCGUCCUCUUUGUUUGCGUCGUUUGUUCUGGUCACAUAAAGACAGGAAUGGCACUUUACAGUCAAGAGACUACACAUAGUAUUAAUCAUCUGCUGUGGAGAUGCCGCCUAUGAAGCCCAGCAGGGUUGAUUGGUUGAUGGCACUUUUGUUGUAUAAACUUUAGUAUGUGAGCUAUUAGAAAACUUUGAAAAAAUGUGUCAAAUUCGCCCGCUCGAUGUUUAUUGAAUUCCGUAUGCCUCUUACCCUUGAUGACCACUCAUGCGUCAGAAUAACCUGACUGACUGCAGGUGAUGUACCAGAGAGCCCAUCUGGUGUUAUGGACAAAUAAGUUUGCAGUGUUACCUUUUUUUUUAAGUUGUCCCAAUUCCUGUCAGUUUUGGGGUUCUGCCGACUCAUAUGUGCUUCCUUCAGAACAGAUCUUAAAUGUAUGAUUCAGUAUUGUUUCAAUAAGUGUUGCUGUUUUAUAUAUCUGUCUAAUUGUUGAUGAGCCACAUAGCAACUCUUUUCUGUAAAUGUCCCCUUGUGAGUGCAAACUAGUUACUAGUUCAGUGCAAUGCUGUUAUUUUUCUUCUUUUUGCUUGUUCAAUUAUCAGGUUGUGCAGCAUACCUCCACGGUUUUGCUCUUCAAAAGCUCUUCUCACUUGAGGUUUUUCUUUGCCCCAGGCUGUUUUCGUUGAAGUGCAAUGCAGAGUUACAAUGCUGCUAAAAAUGAUGAGCCGACUGCCUCCACAUUUACAGUAAAGCUAUGCAGUUACACACCAGCAACGCACCAUCUUUUCACAGUGUCUGUUUCCUCAGUCAGAAAUGCUGUGACGUUGUUUAUUGUCGUGCAAUGCGUUUGAAUCAAUUUGAGGUUGGUUUUCAUAGUUAGCAUACCUUCCUGGAAACUGCAUUGUUUUCCACCAACGCAUCUAUGCGUCUGACCUCAACCACUUGUUUACUCACGGUAAAUACUUUGCUCAGUCAGUUAGAUCCUAAACGUCUUGUUACUUUUGAAACGGAACCAAAGACUGCAGCCACAGUCUUGUAACAGAUGUGCUGUUCUUGGCGUUUAGUGUUUGCUGUUAACUGGUAUCAUAGAAAAUGCAGGUGCUUGUCAAUGCCAUAGCCUGUCUGCACUCCAUAUGAAAAUUGCUCUGUACUGUAAAAUGUUAGUCUGAUGUAGAAUAUGAUGAGCUUUUUAAAGAACAAAACA